CCUCUUGUGUUUGCUACCUGCGUAAGGAUUUUAAAAAAGUGCAGUGUUCAUUUAGAGCUUGAAAAAAUAAGACGUCUUUUUAUUGAGUGUUCAUACAGACAGAUUAUAAACAAUUUUUUAUUUUGUUUUACAAUUUAUUUCCUGACGAUGACUAACGGGAUGGCUCGUGGCUAUCAGGGCUUGGCUCGCGAGCAGUUCAAAAAGAAUAUCGACUUGUGUGUCCAUACGUUGCUGCACGCCGUCCAAUGCUCCAACUGCUCCAACCGAAAAUGCAGGAUUACAAAACGCGUCAUUCAGCACACGAAGAACUGUCAACGCAAGGCGGAUGGAGAUUGUCGCACCUGCAAGCAGUUCGACGCAGUCUGCGAAUACCACGCAAAAAAAUGUAAGGAGAAGAAGUGUCCCAUGCCGUUAUGCUCCAAAAGCAAGCUCAAACAGCAGAAUAAAUAACACAAAAUAUAUAUUAUAAUUCGUUUUUGGUGAGUAUCUUGUGGGACGAAACUACCGAUUCUGCUUUAAAAAACUCAAUCAUAAAUAUAUAUAAGUGAAAAAAUAUAAAUAAACAAUAAA